GCCCAAGAUGGCGGCCGCCACACCGGAGCUCCUGCCGGCCGCCCUCCGCCGCUGAGCGCGCGCCUGCCCCGCUCGCACUUGAACCUGGGUUUUACUGGGGGUUGGGAAGGGCCGUGGACGGUGCUGGGGGAGCCUGACCAGGCAGCACCGUUUAGGUAACCAUUAGCGGACCAGAAAGAUGACAUCCAUCAUCAAAUUAACUACCCUCUCUGGGGUCCAAGAGGAGUCUGCACUUUGCUAUCUUCUCCAGGUUGAUGAGUUUAGGUUUUUGUUGGACUGUGGCUGGGAUGAACACUUCUCUAUGGACAUUAUUGAUUCCCUGAGGAAGCAUGUUCACCAGAUUGACGCGGUGCUCCUGUCUCACCCCGACCCUCUCCACCUCGGUGCCCUUCCAUUCGCUGUGGGGAAGCUGGGUCUGAACUGUGCCAUCUAUGCUACAAUUCCUGUUUAUAAAAUGGGGCAGAUGUUCAUGUACGAUCUUUAUCAGUCUCGACACAAUACCGAAGAUUUUACUCUCUUUACAUUAGAUGAUGUGGAUGCAGCCUUUGAUAAAAUACAGCAGCUAAAAUUCUCUCAGAUUGUGAACUUGAAAGGCAAAGGCCAUGGUUUGUCUAUCACACCCCUGCCAGCCGGUCAUAUGAUAGGAGGAACAAUAUGGAAAAUAGUCAAGGAUGGAGAAGAAGAAAUUGUUUAUGCCGUUGACUUCAACCACAAGAGGGAGAUCCACUUAAAUGGAUGUUCCCUGGAAAUGCUAAGCAGACCCUCUCUACUUAUCACAGAUUCAUUUAAUGCUACAUAUGUGCAGCCUAGAAGGAAACAGAGAGAUGAGCAACUCCUGACAAAUGUCCUGGAAACUCUUCGGGGUGAUGGAAACGUGUUAAUAGCAGUGGACACAGCAGGCAGAGUUCUGGAACUUGCUCAACUUCUUGACCAGAUUUGGAGAACUAAAGAUGCCGGAUUGGGUGUUUAUUCACUGGCACUCCUGAAUAACGUCAGUUAUAACGUGGUGGAGUUUUCUAAGUCACAGGUAGAAUGGAUGAGUGAUAAAUUGAUGAGAUGUUUUGAAGACAAAAGAAAUAACCCAUUUCAGUUUCGCCAUCUCUCUCUGUGCCAUGGUCUUUCUGACUUGGCUCGAGUUCCAAGCCCCAAAGUUGUACUUGCCAGCCAACCUGACCUGGAGUGUGGAUUCUCAAGGGACCUCUUUAUUCAGUGGUGUCAGGACCCUAAAAACUCAAUCAUUCUAACCUAUAGAACAACUCCUGGGACUUUAGCACGUUUCUUGAUUGAUAAUCCUUCUGAGAAAGUUACAGAAAUAGAGCUAAGGAAACGUGUGAAGCUUGAAGGGAAAGAACUUGAAGAAUAUGUGGAGAAAGAGAAACUAAAGAAAGAAGCUGCUAAGAAACUUGAACAGUCCAAAGAGGCAGAUAUCGACUCCAGUGAUGAGAGUGACGUGGAAGAAGAUAUCGACCAGCCUUCAGCUCACAAGACAAAGCAUGACCUAAUGAUGAAAGGGGAAGGCAGUCGCAAAGGCAGCUUCUUCAAGCAGGCCAAAAAAUCCUACCCCAUGUUUCCUGCCCCAGAAGAGAGAAUUAAAUGGGAUGAAUAUGGAGAGAUCAUCAAGCCAGAAGAUUUCUUAGUGCCAGAACUUCAAGCUACUGAAGAAGAAAAAAGCAAAUUAGAAUCUGGUUUGACAAAUGGAGACGAGCCCAUGGAUCAGGACCUGUCUGAUGUUCCCACCAAGUGUGUUUCUGCAACAGAGUCUAUUGAGAUCAAAGCCAGAGUUACUUACAUAGACUAUGAAGGGCGCUCGGAUGGAGACUCCAUUAAGAAGAUCAUCAACCAGAUGAAACCUCGACAGCUGAUCAUUGUCCACGGCCCACCAGAGGCCAGUCAGGAUCUGGCCGAGUGCUGCCGGGCCUUCGGUGGGAAGGACAUUAAAGUGUACAUGCCCAAACUCCAUGAGACAGUUGAUGCCACAAGUGAAACGCAUAUCUACCAGGUCAGGUUAAAGGACUCCCUUGUCAGCUCCCUGCAGUUUUGUAAAGCUAAAGAUGCCGAGUUAGCUUGGAUAGAUGGCGUCUUAGACAUGAGGGUUUCCAAAGUGGACACCGGAGUUAUUUUAGAAGAAGGGGAGCUCAAGGACGAUGGAGAAGACUCAGAGAUGCAAGUGGAUGCUCCUUCAGACUCCAGUGCCAUAGCCCAGCAGAAGGCCAUGAAGAGUUUGUUUGGAGACGACGACAAAGAGUUGGGCGAAGAGAGUGAGAUCAUCCCCACACUGGAGCCUUUGCCGCCUCAUGAGGUUCCUGGACAUCAGUCGGUUUUUAUGAAUGAACCAAGACUGUCUGACUUCAAGCAAGUUCUUUUGCGGGAGGGGAUUCAAGCGGAAUUUGUAGGAGGCGUACUUGUCUGCAACAACCAAGUAGCAGUCCGCAGAACAGAAACUGGACGCAUCGGUUUAGAAGGCUGCCUUUGUCAAGACUUUUAUAGAAUACGAGACCUUUUAUAUGAACAAUAUGCCAUUGUAUAAAGGACAUGAUGUCAGGAAGUGUCUGCUUGACCUUUCUCAGGAAGAAAGGAUUCUCAUCUGAGGCUAAGCUUUCGCUGUCUUGUUUUGUAACAUACAAAAAGAAUCUGCCAGAAAACGUGAGCAUGUAUUAGAUUUUGAAAAAUAUGAAUCAAGGGCCUGGGGCGUAGCUCAGUGGUAGAGCUCUUGCCUAGCAUGUGCGAGGCCCUGGGUUUGAUUCCCAGUACUGAAGAAAGAAAGAAAAUGUAAAUAGAACCCAUUUUGUAAAUGCUCUACCUUGCUUGGAAUGCUAGAGGCCCAGCGAAGAGACAGGCCCAGAGCUGAAGGUGUUGAUUUCCUCUGCAGACCCCUUGCUUCAAAGGGUUUAUUACUUGAAAAAACAAACAGUGCAACUUAGCAGACCAGUUCAUGGCCUUACAGAAACUGGUAUGCAUGCAUUUGUACAGACAGUUUCUCACGUUUUCUGGAAUGAAAAGGGAGAAUUAUAUAGAAAGGAUAUGCUAUAAAAGAUACAAACACAAACAAAAAACUGGUGAAACAUUUUUUAAAAAAGCGUGCUGUGCUGCUUCUCCUUUUGAAUUCUGAUCUGCAGUUGCCUCCACAUGGUUCUCUUUACCCUCUUCUUUCAGUGCAUAUGAGGCAGCGCACAUUUAGUUUAGAAAUAAAUUUUUAUUUCUCCCAUUUCUUGUUUAUGAAGUUUUUUUGUUGUUCAAUUUGAAUUUAUAACCUCAUCAUUUGAAUAAAUGUCAUCUAAAAGAAAGCCUUGAAGCUGAGUGUGGUGCGUAUGCCGUAAUCCCAGCAGCAUUCAGGAGACUGGCGUGGGAGGAUUGUGAAUUAGAGGCCAGCCUGAGCUACAUAGUGAGAGACUGUGUAAACCCAGCAAAAGGAAAGUCGGGCGCGUGUUACCGGUUCUGUGGACGUUUUAUUUAGACACAUCUUGCCUAUUGGCCAAGCAGCUGUAUUUGAAACUGUCCAAUGCUCUUGUUUUUAAAAAAACAAAUGUUGACUCUCACAGUUUUAUAAGGUAACAGUGUAAUUUAAUUAAAGGGUGUAAAUGUUUUCCUUUCUUAGCUUGUUUUCUAAGUUUAUGUAAACAGUGGUUGGAUUUUAUGCUUAUUACUACAAAAAUAGUACUGAACUAGGGUAAUUGCCUCACUUAAUAUAGUACAAAGAGUCCUGCUUAAGAGUGAAAACUGAAAAUAUGCAAUUCCAUUGACUUGAACAAUGAGCCAUGUUGUCCCAUUGUAACCUGUUGGUUUAUUUCUUAGAAGGCAGUGUAAUCAAGGUAGUCCUUGAUGCUUGCUUAAGCUUUAAGCCCUCCUCUCUGCACUGAGCAUUUAGAGAAGCCUCAAUCCUAUUUAACUUCAGAGCUAUGUUAUUUCAACCCAGUGAACCACUGUCAGACUAGAAUUAGCCUUUUUUUUCAGUCUCAGAUGCUGAUGGAGCCUUCUGUUCUGGAUUACAGCCCUGAAGCAAGUUUGUAGCCUUCUGAUACUGAAAAGCAGAUGUACAAAAUAGUGUUGCAGAGAUGAGUUUAAGAGUGUGUUUUCUUUUUUGCAGUCAUGAAACAUUCCUCUUGUUCCCCAUUACUACAUAGAGGAAGCCUGUAAUUCUAUUUCUAUUCCAGGGGAGGAAAACCUGCAGUUGUUACAUAGCAUAAAGUUUCUGGCUACACCUAUUACAUGGUAAUACUUACAUGUAAAAGUAUUUCUUGCCUAGCCUUUCUGCUGUCCUGUGAAUAGGAAUUAAACUUAAAGUACUGCUUGAAGAUGGCUGUUCUAUAUAAUGCCAUUAGAGAACAAUACUUCUGCCUGUGUCUAGAUGACAUUAUCCUAAAAUUCCUGAAAUGGAGACCUUCAUUACAGCCUCAGCUACUUAAGAAAAGCAUGACUUUGAAAGACACAGUGAGAUAAAUCAUGAGUGCAGAGAAGCUUUGAGACGCAAGAAUAAAUACAGCAUGUGAACUAUCAGCUGAUACCACAAAUAGUUUUCUUAAAAAGAAAUUUUAUCUGGGCAUGAUGACACAUGCCUGUAAUUUCAUCACUUCAUUCAAACUUGGCUUAAGGCCAGCCUGAACAGCAUAAGACUCGGCUCAAAAGAAGAAGAAAAGGGAUGGGGAUGUAGCUCAGUGGAAGAAUACUUAUCUAGCUUGUGUGAGGCCCAGGUCUGGAGGUUGGGGGUUUCUUAUUGUAUUUGUUACAGUGCUAUACAUGUCAAGUAUCAUUGCAGUUAUUUCUGUAUUUCUGUGACUCAGUAGGUGACCUGAACCUAUGUUAAAGAAUUCGGUUUUGUCAGGUGGGUUCUUCACCUUUUUGUGUGUUUGUGCAGCUCACAUACCAUAAAAUAUUUACUCUUAAAAUAUAUAAUUCACUGGUUUUGGUAUAUCCAGAAUGUGCAGCCAGUACAAGUAAUUCCAGAUUAGUUUUUAUCAUUCCAAAAAGAAACCCAGUAACCAUUUGCCCCUCGUUUUCUCUUCUCCCUAGUCAGUCAUCAAUCUUUCUGUCUCUUGACAUUUCAUAAAAAAAGAAUCAUGCAACAUGUGGCCUUUUGUGUCUUCUUUCAAUUAACACUUGUUUUUCAAGAUUCAUUAAUGUAGUAAUGGGUUAGCAUCAUUUUUUGUUUGCUUUGAGACGUAGUCUUGCAUUGUAUAGCUCAAGCUGGUUUCCAACUCAUAAUCUUCCUGCCUCUAGAAUGCUGGGAUUAUAGGUGUACAUUUUCAGUAUCCAUUUACAGUAAUGUGACACCCCUUUGUCUCGGUGUCGUGUUUGUUCAUCAGUUGCUGUACGUUGAGUGGUUCCCAGUUUCUGGCUGCUAUCAAAAAUGUUGCUUUGGACAUUCUUGUACAAAAUUUUUUAAAAUAUAAACAUUUGUGUUUUAAAUUUUCUUGUGAUUGCUGGAUCAUAUGGCAACUCUGGUUAACCAUCUAAGGAACUACCGACUGUCUUGUGAAGUAGCUGUACCAUUUCCUGUCCCAAUUGGCAUAUGUGUGAGGGUCCCAUUUUUGUCACAUGUACUCUUGACUACAUCUUCUGUCCUCACCACCCCUAGCAUGUGAGGAGGGAUUGCCUGGAGGUUUUACUUUGUAUUUCAUUAAUAAACAGUGAUGUUGAGCAUGC